GAGCGGCGUGGCGCCGUCUGCUGCGGCUCUGACCCGCUGUCAGUUGCCCAAGCCCUGUGCUACGGUUAGGACCGCGUGUAAUCGUCACCUUUUGAAGGAGCUACGUGCCGACGAGGCCAGCCGUGCGUCGUCCUCGGCAGCGAGCUCGUCCGUCGUCCACUCGCUCAUCGUAGCGAGUCUCUCAUUGCGGCGAACGACGAGUGAACGAGCGAUCGGGCAUCCAAGACAGGCGAAAGGCCGACGACGCAGCGAUCGACAGUCGAGUGCAUGAUCGGUCGUAAUCCGACCUCGAGGAUCGGAUCGUUAAAUCGUUACUGUCGUCGUCGUUACCAUUAUAAUUAUCGACGACGACGAAAUCUCUGAACGAGGGAUUCCCAUAUCCUCUUGCUUACGUGACGAGGAAAGGAGACAGGGCAGCUCGCGAAGCUCGCGGACGUGCUUGGUGAAUCUGAUUGUCUUCAUUCUGUGCCGUGGGGAAGUGAAAACGCGUCAGCGGGUAUCAUCGUCGCGUGGAUCAUCGACGAGCAGCUCCCGGCGAGCGGCGAACCCGGGGAGGGCCCUGCUAGUUGACUCGAAGGGGGCGAACGAUCCAGGAUGAUCUGGUAGAGGAAGAACGACCGGGCGACUCCCUCGUACGAGAGCGCGAGAAUGGCGUGCGGCAUGUCGGUGGAUGCGACCGCCACGGGCACGGCGCUUCUCCUGCUGGUACUGCUUCAGGCGGCACUGGUCUGGGAGGAGGCGCGCAGCGCUCCGGCGAAGAAGAGCGACAUACUCGCGGGCACGGAAUUCCUCUCGGUCUUCAUAAACGGCGCGAUGGCGCCGACGCCGCAGCGACGCCGUGGUUUCCGGCGCGGCGGUCAUCGCGACGCGACCGCCGCAGCGGGUGACAGCGCGACCGCCGAGUCGCACCAGCACGAGGCGUCGAUCUACCGGAUAUCCCGGAACCCCAUCGGCGGUCGACCGAUCGCGGUGUCAAGGUCGCAGCCGGCGAACGGCCGCGACGAGGUCGUUCGCUUCUACCCCAUCAGCCAGCGCACGCUGGAGAAUCGGCAGCAGAACCUGGCGUCGUUGAUUGAUGACCUGAGCACGCCGGGUGGUAUCAGCUCGACGCGUCUGACCCCGUCGACAACGUCGACGACGAUGGCGAGCGCGCCGCUGGGUAUCCGCGAUUGGACGACCUCGUUGAAGUCAAACGGGACCAGCGGAACCGGCAGAGGAGUCGUCAGCCGGCAGAAGGUGAUUGGCGUGAGCGUCACGUCCACGGUGGAGGCGACUCCGUACAAGGUACGCGUCGAGCACUACGACGGCGCUGAUGCAGCGGUGGUGACGCGACCCCCGAGUUCGGUCGAAUUGCCGAUUAGAGAAGCAGCCAGGAGCACGACGAGAGGUACCAGUCGUCCAAUGCUAUCACCGUCUACUACAAGUACGACGACGACGAUGACGGCGGUGACGACGCCGCCGUCGCCAUCGUCAGGAUUUGUCACCGAGGAACUCAGCAACAUCGUCUCGGAGUCCAACAGGAGCGAGUUCUCCGUGGACGAGGACUUGCCGAGGACGAGCUGGCGCGGUCGCGCGACCAUGACGCCGCGGAUCCAGCAGACGCCUGCGUACGUGCGAACGAACGGACGUCAAGCGGAUGAGAAUCAGGAUGAAGAGGAGGAGGAGACGAACGAAGCCACGCGUGUCAUCGACGUUGAUGCGAUCACGUUGCCAACGGAGAUGAAUUAUGAGCUGCCGGUGAAUAACGCGGAGCCGCGAGAACCAAACCAGGAGCCGUCGGAGGCGCAAUCCACAGAUCGCCUUCAGGGUCGCAAGAUGGGGCGCCACUAUGACGCGCCACUUUACAAUCGAUCGGGUCCGAAGACAUACAGUCAGCCGUCUAAAUCGUACAAGCCCGCGCGCGCCUAUAAUGAGCCCGCCAAGGUGUACAGCGAGCCGGCCAAGGUGUACGGUGAGCCUGAACGAGUGUAUGGUGAACCGGCCAAAGUGUACAGCGAGCCUGCCAGGGUCUACAGCGAGCCAGCGAAGGUCUAUAGCGAACCUGCCAAGGUCUACAGUGAGCCUGCCAAGGUCUACGGCGAACCAGAGAAGGUCUACUCGGAACCGUCCAAGAUCUACUCGGAGCCGGCUAGAAUCUACUCCGAGCCGGCCAAGGUCUACUCGCAGCCGGCCAAGGUGUAUGGCGAACCCAGCAAGGUGUACGACUCUGAAGGCCAGCCAGUGGUCCGUCAGCAGCAAGGCGGUGAGCCUGAUGAGCAGAACUACGAGGUGGACGAGUCGGUCAGUGUUGGUAGCAACGGCAACGUCCAUGGUCCGCAGUUGGUGACGGAAGAGACUCCAGGCGAGGACGGCCACAAAGUCGGCUACGUGGAGGAGGGUCAGAACUACCGAAAAUACCGGGUUGAGGAGAGGACACCAGACGGCUUCAUUGUCGGCGAGUACGGUGUAGUCAGUCACGAUGAUGGCUCGCUGCGCGGCGUCAGAUACACCGCUGAUGGCACCAUCAAUCCUCAGCUCAUCUAUGAUGCCCUGAUGAAGUUCCUGGCUCUCUGAGCGACGAGGACGAAGGAUGCGCCGUGGUGGAGAACGCAGCGACGCGCCAUCAGGAAACUAUGAGCGGCCUGAAUCGAAGCUCGUGCAAUGUUGAACCCAAUGCAGUCGGUUUCCUCAUUUACCAGUCUGCGUUGAGUCUUCCGCAGAUUGCGACGUAACGUGGUGUAACAUGACGUAGCUGGAUGAUCGAGGAUAAUUUAAGAGGCUUGUCGUGUCUUCGUCAACUAAUCCCUGAGGUCUAGUUGAUCUGUCGUCGACAAUGAUGGUGUCAGAAAUAUCCAUCUGCAUAAUAUAUCUCUUCUUUUCGAUGACGAAGACAACAGCAACGAACCGGCGAAUCGCGAGCUUCUUCGGGAUAGCUUCCACGGGGCGGCGUCGUCAAGGGGACGACGAACACGACUGAUUCUCUUGCUCUUGCCAACUCAACUGCCUCAACAAUUAAUUUUAAGAACGACACUUAGGAUCUAAGGAAGAGCUCCCGCCGCAUGUCCUGGUUGAGACGAUCCGUGUGUCCGGACCGCUAUCGAUCCCGAGGAUCGAUUCAAAGUCGUCUGGGACCGGCGACGCACCGAAAGUCGAAUCUCGAAUGCACGGUCAUUGCGAAACACUGACAGAUGAAAGUUACUCGCGCGGCGAAAGUACGAACUUUUGUGUCGCGGCGCAGCGCGAUGGCCUUUGACGAUUGUGGCAACCGAUCGAGACGGUUUGUCGAAUGGAAUUAGCCAUUGAAUUAACAUUAUCACGAUUACGCGAGAUAAGCGUGGGAAAUUAGAUAAGCGCGAGCGUAACUCGCGAAUUCGAAUUUUAAGCCUGCUCCGACGAUGAUCCUUGCGCGCGACAUCGAUACGCGUCCUCGCUGCUGAAUAUUUCUGGAUAACCGAGAACUCGUAUCCCCUCUCGCCCACCGUUGCGUCUUCGUCGAGGAUGUAACCGCGACGGAUCCUCGAUCCCUGAUCUCUGAUCUCUGAUCUCGGGUGAAGGAAAAAAAAUCUCGCGCCGAAUCGAACAUGCCGCAGAGAUUCGGAGCUGAUGCUCACGCUUGGACACGUCCCGCGUGAAAGGACUCUCGCAAUGCGAAAAUAACAAUCCACGACGUCUUGUUUUCGUAAACCGACGAUCUUUCUGCCGAUUUUUUAAAAUAGCGAAUCAGGAGCGUCAGGGAUCGCCGAUCGAACGUCAUGAUCAUGCGAUUUCGUGUGAAUCAUAAGUGAAUCCUGUCUUUUGUACGCUAGAAAUACCGGUGACAAGAGAGACCCAUAUCGAUCGGGGAUUCCUCCAAGCCGAAGGGGAUUUGACGAAUUGUUUGCUGCAAAAGUUGACGCCGGAACACUCAUUGUCAGAUUUCUCUGCGCGUUUUUCUGCGUCACUUAAGAAACCAAAUUUCAUCCCCUAUUAUCAAAUAUUACUUAUUAUUAUAUUAAUCUACAAUUCUACAAUUCAGAUUUCAAAUUCUACGAUUCAGAUUUGUUCGAUAAACCUUGCAUCUCGGUCUAGAAACUGUCUCUGUCGCGAGAUAUCGAAGUCGUUUAAGCACAUGGAAUAAAUUAAACGUGCCCAAAUGUUCCGGUGUCAACAGCCUCCGGAGUCAUCGACUGAGACUCCCCUUCUCGCGUGCUUUUUUACCGCGGUCACGCUUCUGCGAUGAAGAGGUAGACGAGGAAGUCGCAGUUGCCAGGGCCCUCGUCCGCGGGUGGUCGAUGGACCGGAGCCUCCUCCGUUCCCCGGCGGGCCCCGCAGCUACGACGGACUGACCGACUUGUCGCGGCAGCGUCCCUGCGUGUCUCCUAGCUCCUAAGUCGCCUAGACGUUAAGGCUGUUCCGCGUCAAAGGAAGUAUCUCAAUCAGCGAGAAGGCUCGUUUCAGCUCUUUUGCAGCGUAUCAUCUUUGUUUCGCGUUUUAAGCUGGCUCAUCCUUUUUCUCUGUCUCUCUUUUUCUCUUUGUUUCUCUCUCUUAUUACCUCAGUUCUUUGAGAUAGUUCCUCUCGCCACGCAAUAUAUCGAACGAGCGUGCUCGUAUGCUCAUAUCCUGAGUAGCGUCUCGUGAAACUCGCGAGAAGCGUGUACGGGGUGUCCCGCAAACCGUCGCAUCUUUCCUCUCGCGAGGGUGACUCGGUCCGAAGAUAGUCGAGGAAUCUCUGCGAGCAGCGACGUUAUUCUCGGGACACCCGAGGUAUACAUAUUCCUCGGGUAUCCCUCGCGUGUAUUGCUCACGUUCGUAGGCUAAGUAACGUCCCGAUUAUUCUAUUUUACUCCCCCGUACGUACACUCCUAAAGCAUCCCGAUAUGUUACAGACGGUAUCUCUUAAGAAGCCUCUCUCGUGUAUAAGGCAUGCAUCCUAGAGGAUAAAAUAUUUACCAUUAAAGCGUUACAUAUAGUCCUGUGCAGCCAUCGCCAUUUUUCAACAGCGCACAACUUUGUAAUAAAUCCAUUAUCGAUGAAAA